AUGCUCGUUCCGGUCAGCAAAAUAACGCGUUCUUCACGCGAUUCUUCCGCUCUCAACGCUGUACUAACUCGUGUGUCAUUAACAGCCCCGUAUCCAAAACGGACUCAUACGUGUGGUGAGCUCACUCCCGCGCACGCUGGCAUCCACGUCACGUUGACUGGUUGGCUGCUCCCUGAACGCAAAGUGUCAAAGACAAUGUCCUUCUUUCCCAUCAAAGAUUCUUUUGGAAUAACCCAAUUGGUUGUACGCAAGGGGCAUGCGAAUGCUCAUCUGACCGCGUUGUCCGAACUUCCUGUAGAGUCCACCAUUGCGAUCGAGGGUGAAGUCCUCGUAAGACCAGAACCAUCUCGCCGUGAUGAAGGCACAGGGCAGAUUGAGGUCCAAGUAAAUAGCUUUACUCUCCUCAAUCCUGCGCAUUGUAACAUGCCAUUCAUACCGUCAGACAAUCAGACAUUGGUCAAUGAAGACCUUAGGGCACGUUUUCGAUAUCUUGAUCUUCGCAGGACUGCCCUUGCAGACAACAUCAGAAAAAGAAGCCAAGUUGCUCGAAUAAUUCGGGAUACUCUGCAUGACGAUGGAUUUCUUGAAGUGGAGACUCCGCUGCUUUUGAAGUCAACGCCAGAAGGUGCAAGAGAGUUUUUGGUCCCGUCUCGUGUCGGACAAUCAACUACACAGCAUGAUGGAAAACAUACCCCCCUAUUCUACGCUCUUCCCCAGUCUCCACAGCAACCAAAACAGUUGCUCAUCUGUUCUGGAGCUGUUGACAAGUAUUUUCAAAUAGCCAGGUGCUUCCGUGAUGAAGAUGGUCGGAAGGACAGACAACCCGAGUUCACGCAAAUCGAUCUAGAAAUGGCAUUUAUCUCAUGGGGUGUGGAUUCAGAUAUUUUCCCAUCCAAUACAUGGCGAAUCGGAGGCCACGAGGUUCGUGCCAUAAUCGAAAGGCUUGUUCGACGCAUAUGGCAGAAAGUCGAAGAAAUCACACUUCCGAGCUCGUUCCGGGUGAUCACCUACAACGAAGCAAUGGCACGUUAUGGUUCAGACAAACCCGACACUCGGAUCGAUCUUGAGAUCCAGGACAUUACGCCCUCGCUACCGAUUCAUGUUCAGGCGUCGUUUGAGGACCUCGGGGACAUUCUUGAGGCGAUCGUUAUUCGUCCAUCUGAGAGCUGCUCAUUCUUGCGGGCAAGUGAAGAAUGCAACUACGAGAACGAACCGAAUGUCAGCCGCUCUGUGAUCGCCGAUAGUAAUUUGUUAAAUUGGCUGUGUGACAACCGAUCUAUGGAUUUGAAGCUGAGCAGCGAGGAGCACGCCCUUUUGAAUAAGACGUUGCGAGUCAGUAGCGGCGAUACCAUAUGGCUAUCUCGUCGUCGCAAAAUUCCCGAGGGCGGGUCCACUGCUUUGGGUCGCCUGCGAACACGAAUAUCUGAGUUGGCACAAGCCCGCGGUGAUUACGUACCUCACAUGAUUCCUCACUUCCUUUGGGUCACCGAGUUUCCACUAUUCACCCGCGCUGAUCCUGACAAGGAGUUCUUGGCUCGCGGGCGGUGGAGCAGCACACAUCACCCUUUCACAGCGCCGAUGUGGCAAGAUAUAGAAGCCAUGUACGCAGGCCGUAUUGAUCAGGUUCGGGGACAACAUUACGACCUAGUUCUGAAUGGCGUUGAGAUUGGUGGAGGCUCGGUUAGGGUACACGAUGCUACUAUGCAAGAGUACAUCUUUUCCCAGGUUUUACAGCUGAGUGAUGCUGAGAAGUCGUCGUUUGAUCAUCUUCUGCAUGCCCUCAAAUGCGGUGCACCCCCUCAUGGCGGAAUCGCCCUCGGCAAGCCAUUCAAGCUGACAAAAACCUCCGAUCUAGGCUUUGAUCGCCUGAUGGCUAUCCUUUGCAAGACGCCAACCAUUCGAGAUGUCAUCGCCUUCCCAAAAACUGGAGCAGGCACAGAUCUACUUUUCAGGAGUCCGGCGGCCAUCAACGAAGAGGUGCUAUAUCAGUAUGGUGUCCGACCCACACGUUGUUGA